AUGCCGGUUUGAAGGGUAGAUACAGAGAGGACGAAGAAGACAUGGGUACAUUAAAGCAUCCCACCUGACCACACCUCAGCCCUUUACUGUUUCAAACUCCCGCCCCCUGUGGUGGACCCAUCCAGCUAGCUAGCUUUAUAAUUUACCGGUUGCCUUUCACCAUUCUAUGAGUGGACAAGCCCCUUGCGUUUGUCAUUGUAAAAGUAGUUACUUGUUUAUCUUAUCCGUGAUUCUUUACCCAUCUCAUACGUGAGUAUUUAUAUGCCUGUCUGGAAAGGCUCCUCGAUGAUCGAUACACAGUGCCAAACAAAAGGAAAAGCUUUAUUCCAGCCAAUAAAAUAAUUAGACGAAGAGGGUUUGAGUGCAGUCUUUGAGCAAUAGAUCGCUGGGUUCGACGGAUUUUCUUUCUUCAUUCGGUAAGGCAGUUAAAACUGUCCCGCUGGUGAAAAUUAGUUGAGCUGCAUUGGAAGGGGAUUACACUGCGGGCGCCUUGUUAGUAAAGUGAGUGGUGAGAGGAUUCAGGGGAAUCUAUUUUUGGGUAUCAUGGCUUGCCGUUGGUUUGCUGAUUGCCUUUUGAGAACUUUAAAUUUUCUGUUGACGUUGGCCGGUUUGGGAAUGAUUGGGUAUGGUAUAUAUUUGCUGGUUGAGUGGAAAGAGGCUUCCGUGAGCGUUAAUCUUUCUUCUGAGCGAUUUCAAGUAGGAAGGCCGCUGUUGUUUGUAGCGUCUUUGUCUUCUUCUUCCAUCCUCGACAACCUUCGAACUGCUUGGUUUAUAUAUUUGUUCAUUGCGAUUGGAGUUAUUGUUUGCAUCAUUUCCUGUUCUGGCUGUAUUGCAGUAGCAACAAGACGCCAAUGCUGCCUCUGUUGUUAUUCUGUGUUUAUUGCUUUGUUAGUCUUGGCAGAAUUGGGCUUUACAGGCUUUAUAAUCUUUGAUCACAAGUGGGAGGAGGUAAUUCCAACUGAUAAAACUGGAGAUUUUGACAUGAUCAAAGAUUUUUUGGAGAAACAUUUGAAGAUUGUCAAAUGGGUUGCUCUUGGAGUAGUUAUAUUACAGGUUUUUGCUAUGAUAUUAGCAUUGGCAAUUAAAUCAGUCACUGUUGGUCCGGGAGAUUAUGAUAGUGAUGACGAAUACCUUGCUCCAAGAUCUGGUAUGCGUCAGCCUCUGCUCAACCGCCAGGGAACUCCAGUUGCUGCUGGCUCAACUCCUGUUCCUGAGCAACGGGCUUCUCGAAACGAUGCUUGGAGCACUCGAAUGAGAGAGAAGUAUGGUCUAGAUACAUCAGAGUUUACAUACAAUCCAACAGAAUCUAAUAGGCAUGCGCAGGCACCUCCACCACCACCUGAGGAGAGAAGUCGGUGCACUAUCAUGUAGGAUAUGAGGUUCAUUGUAAUUUUUGAAGCGAAUGCAAAUGUAUUUAAUAUUUGACCACAUUGUGAGGAUUUUAGUAGAUUAAUUAUUGAGAUUGAGCCUGCCUUAUUUUAACACAUUCUUUACUGGGCAGUUGAUUAAAAAAUGCCUCAUAUUUUGAGUACGAUUUGCAGUGUAUCCUCAAAGAAUUGUAUUAAACUCUAGGUCCAUAGUAGCAUUCAAUCAUUUGAGAAUUGAAUUUUGUCCGA